UAUAUAAAAGAUAUACUUCGAAUCUUUUUCAUUUAAAAUCGAUAUAUUUUUAAGAAAAAUGAAAACGAUCGUGAUUAUUUUUGCUAUUUGUGUUUGCGUCGGUGCAUUGACACUCGAAGAAUUAAAAAUUGGGCUACGUGCUACGUUGCCAAUUUGCAAGAUCGAAACUGGCAUUGAUGAACAGAAAGAAAAUAAUAUUCGCGACGGCAUCGUUGAUGUAGAAGAUGAGCAAGUUCAACUCUAUUCUGAAUGUUUAAUAAAAAAAUUCAACGCUUAUGACGAUGAUGGAAAAUUAAACGAAGUUGUGGUCAGAGAAAUAGCACGAUUAUAUUUUGACGAAGAUGAUGUUAACAAAAUAAUCACCGAUUGUUCAUCUAUCUCUGAUACCAACAUGCAUCUAAAAUCUAGUAAGCUAAUAGCGUGUUUUGGGAAAUAUACAACAUUGAAUAAAAUACUAAAUAAUUAAAUGUUCAACUAUCAAAAGGAAAAAGAUUUAGU